AUGCUUUAUUUGUGUGGUUCGGAGUCGGCAAGGUCAUCUACAGAUUCGUGUAGCGAUUGUACGCAAUUCUUCACCACUGACAAAAUAUUUGAGUCCCGAUCUGAACGAGGUAGGAAAGAUAAAUUGGUUUUGGAUUAUGAGAAAGAAGGUAAUUAUAAAAGGAAGAAUACAUCUGAAAGCAGUAAAUUCUCAGAGGAUACUUAUAGUAUGAAAGUGAAAUGCCCUUUUAGACUGAGAUCUACGCCGAGUGGUAGUGGUUGGAAGGUGAUGGUUAGGUUUGGGUUUCACAAUCAUAAACUAUCUGAGGAUUUAGAUGACCAUGACAUAUUGGAUCGUCUAAAAGUUCAUGAGAGACAAUUUGUCAAUGACGUGACGAAGUACAACAUGGUUCUACGAUAUAUUAUUUAUGUCUUGAAAGACAAAGAUCCAAGAAACCUCACCAGUGUUACCCAAGUGUAUAAAGCUAGGGUUACAUACAAUGCGAACAAGAUAGGUUCAUUGACAAAAAUGAAAAUGUUGUUGAGUCUUAUUCAUAGAGAGAAAUAUAUGUGUUGGACAAGAAAUAGGAAAGACUCAAAUGUUGUUGCUGAUAUCUUCUGGACACAUUCUGAUUCAGUAAAGUUGUUGAAUAUGUUUUGGUGUUGA